CCCGCGGCUCGCAGUCUCUGGAACGCGGAGACGCGGCCGCGAGCCGGAAAAUGGCGAAGCGCGGCGCCCCGUUCCGCGCGGGGAGCGCACGGUGCGCGGGCGACCCGCGGGGCCCGGCGCGGCUGCUGCUGGCCGGGCUGGCGCUGCUGGGCGCGGCGCGGGCGCGGGCCCCGGGCGACGGCGGCUUCAGCCUGCACCCGCCCUACUUCAACCUGGCCGAGGGCGCGCGCAUCGCCGCGUCCGCGACCUGCGGCGAGGAGGCCCCGGCGCGCGGGCCCCCGCGCCCCACCGAGGACCUCUACUGCAAGCUGGUGGGCGGCCCCGUGGCCGGCGGGGACCCCAGCCAGACCAUACAGGGCCAGUACUGCGACAUCUGCACAGCCGCCAACAGCAACAAGGCACACCCCGCGAGCAACGCCAUUGAUGGCACGGAGCGCUGGUGGCAGAGCCCACCGCUGUCUCGCGGCCUGGAGUACAACGAGGUCAAUGUCACCCUGGACCUGGGCCAGGUCUUCCAUGUGGCCUACGUGCUCAUCAAGUUUGCCAACUCCCCUCGGCCGGACCUUUGGGUGCUGGAGCGCUCCACAGAUUUCGGCCACACCUACCAGCCGUGGCAGUUCUUCGCCUCCUCCAAGAGGGAUUGCCUGGAGCGGUUUGGGCCUCGGACGCUGGAGCGAAUCACGCAGGAUGACGAUGUCAUUUGCACCACUGAGUACUCACGCAUCGUGCCCCUGGAGAAUGGCGAGAUCGUGGUGUCCCUGGUGAACGGACGUCCGGGGGCCAUGAACUUCUCCUACUCCCCGCGCCUGCGUGACUUCACCAAAGCCACCAAUGUGCGUCUGCGCUUCCUGCGCACCAACACACUGCUGGGCCACCUCAUGGGCAAGGCGCUGCGGGACCCCACUGUCACCCGCCGGUACUACUACAGCAUCAAGGACAUCAGCGUCGGCGGCCGCUGCGUCUGCCACGGCCACGCGGAUGUGUGCGACGCCAAGGACCCCUUGGACCCUUUCAGGCUGCAGUGUGCCUGCCAGCACAACACCUGCGGGGGCUCCUGUGACCGCUGCUGCCCUGGCUUCAACCAGCAGCCGUGGAAGCCAGCUACCACUGACAGCGCCAACGAGUGCCAGUCCUGUAACUGCCAUGGCCAUGCCCACGACUGUUACUACGACCCCGAGGUGGACCGGCGUAAUGCCAGCCAGAACCAGGACAAUGUGUACCAGGGCGGGGGGGUUUGCAUCGAUUGCCAGCACCACACCACCGGCAUCAACUGUGAGCGCUGCCUGCCGGGCUUCUACCGCUCCCCGGACCAGCCUCUCGACUCGCCGCAUGCCUGCCUCCGCUGCAGCUGCGAGUCGGCCUUCACCGACGGGACGUGCGAGGACCUGACUGGCCGCUGCUACUGCCGGCCCAACUUCACUGGGGAGCGGUGUGACGCCUGUGCUGAGGGCUUCGUGGUCUUCCCACAGUGCUCCCCACUGCCGUCCGCCCACAAUGACUCCAGGGAGCAGGUGCUGCCGGCCGGGCAGAUCGUGCAUUGCGACUGCAGCGCCGGUGGGACCCAGGGCAACUCCUGCCGCAAGGACCCGAGGGUUGGCCGAUGCGUAUGCAAACCCAACUUCCAGGGUGCCCACUGCGAGCUCUGUGCCCCUGGGUUCUACGGACCGAGCUGCCAGCCAUGCCAGUGCACCAGUCCCGGGGUGGCCGACGGACUCUGUGACCCUGAUUCCGGCCAGUGCAGGUGUCGCAUAGGCUUUGAGGGGGCUGCCUGCGAUCGCUGUGCCCCCGGCUACUUCCGUUUCCCUCUGUGCCAGUUGUGUGGAUGCAGCCCUGUGGGGACCCUGCCUGAAGGUUGUGAUGAAGCUGGCCGCUGUCCAUGCCGGCCUGGAUUUGAUGGCCCCUACUGUGACCACUGCCGCCCUGGCCACCACGGUUACCCCAACUGCCAGGCCUGUACCUGUGACCCCCGGGGAGCUCUGGAGCAGUUCUGUGGAGUGGGUGGCUCGUGCCUCUGCCGACCUGGCUAUGCGGGUGCUGCCUGCCAGGAGUGCAGCCCUGGCUUCCAUGGCUUCCCCGCCUGCACCCCCUGCCACUGCUCCACGGACGGCUCCCUGAACUCGGCCUGUGACCCCCGGACGGGACAGUGCAGCUGCCGGCCCCGUGUGACAGGGUUGCGGUGUGACAUGUGUGUACCUGGUGCCUACAACUUUCCCUCCUGUGAAGCUGGCUCCUGUCACCCUGCUGGCCUGGCCCCAGCCAAUCCUACCCUCCCCGAGGGCCCCUGUGUGUGCCGGGCUCACGUGGAGGGUCCGAGCUGUGACCGCUGUAAACCUGGCUUCUGGGGACUCAGCCCCAGCAACCCUGAGGGCUGCACUCGCUGCAGCUGUGAUCCCCGGGGCACGCUGGGCGGAGUGUCCGAGUGCCAGCCAGGCAGUGGCCAGUGCUUCUGCAAGCCCCAUGUGUGUGGCCUGAGCUGCGCAGCAUGCAAGGAAGGCUUCUUCGGGCUGGAUCAGGCUGACUACUUUGGCUGCCACAGCUGCCGGUGUGACGUCGGCGGUGCACUGGGCCAGGGCUGCGACCCAAGGACGGGCGCCUGCCGAUGCCGCCCCAACACCCAGGGUCCUACCUGCAGCGAGCCCGUGAAGGACCACUACCUGCCCGACCUGCACCAUCUGCGGCUGGAGCUGGAGGAAGCAGCCACGCCCGAGGGCCAUGCCGUGCGCUUCGGCUUCAACCCAUUGGAGUUUGAGAACUUCAGCUGGCGGGGCUAUGCACACAUGGCGCCCAUCCAGCCCAGGAUCGUGGCCAGGCUGAACAUAACCUCCCCCGACCUCUUCCGGCUGGUCUUCCGCUAUGUCAACCGUGGGCCCACAAGUGUGAGUGGCCGGGUCUCCAUGCGUGAGGACAGCAAAUUUGCCACCUGCACCAACUGCACAGAGCAGAGCCAGCCCGUGGCCUUCCCGCCCAGCACGGAGCCUGCCUUCGUCACUGUACCCCAGAGGGGCUUUGGAGAGCCCUUUGUGCUGAACCCUGGCACCUGGGCCCUGCUCGUGGAGGCCGAAGGGGUGCUCCUGGACUACGUGGUUCUGCUGCCCAGCGUCUACUAUGAGGCAGCCCUUCUGCAGCUGCGCGUGACCGAGGCCUGCACCUACCGCCCCUCUGCCCGACGCUCUGGGGAGAACUGCCUUCUCUAUGCCCACCUUCCCCUGGAUGGCUUCCCUUCAGCUGCCGGGCCCGAGGCCCUGUGUGGCCAUGACAACAGCCUGCCUCGGCCCUGCCCCACGGAGCAGCUCAGCCCUUCACACCCACCAUUGGCUGCCUGUCUGGGCAGUGAUGUGGACGUCCAGCUCCAGGUGACCGUCCCGCGGCCGGGCCACUAUGCUUUGGUGGUGGAAUAUGCCAACGAAGACGCCCGCCAGGAGGUGGGCGUGGCUGUGCACACCCCCCAGCAGCCCCCGCAGCUGGGUGUGAUCACCCUCCACCCCUGCCCUUACAGCACCCUGUGUCGGGGCCCCGUCCUGGAUGCCCAGCACCACACGGCCACCUUCUCCCUGGACUCGGAGGCCAGCGUCAGGCUCACAGCCGAGCAGGCACACUUCUUUCUGCACGGCGUCACUCUGGUGCCCGCAGAGGAGUUCAGUGCCGAGUUUGUGGAGCCACGGGUCCGCUGCGUCAGCAGCCACGGCACCUUCGGGCCUGGCAGCGCCUCCUGCCUGCCCUCGCGCUUCCCGAAGCCGCCGCAGCCCAUCAUCCUCAGGGACUGCCAGGUCUUGCCGCUGCCGCCCAGCCUCCCUCUGAGCCACUCGCAGGAGCUCACACCCGGUGCAGCCCCCGCCGGGCCCCAGCCUCGGCCCCCCACUGCUGUGGACCCUGACACGGAGCCCACUCUGCUGCGCCACCCCCAGGGCACUGUGGUCUUCACCACCCAGGUGCCUGUCCUGGGCCGCUAUGCUUUCCUGCUGCACGGCUACCAGCCAGCGCACCCUACUUUCCCUGUGGAGGUCCUCAUCAACGGGGGCCGUGUCUGGCAGGGCCAUGCCAAUGCCAGCUUCUGCCCACAUGGCUAUGGCUGCCGCACGCUGGUGCUGUGUGAGGGCCAGGCUGUGCUGGAUGUGACAGACAGUGAGCUCACGGUGACUGUGCGUGUGCCCGAGGGCCGGUGGCUCUGGCUGGAUUAUGUGCUUGUCAUCCCCGAGGAUGCCUACAGCUCCAGCUACCUCCAGGAGGAGCCCCUGGACAAAUCCUAUGACUUUAUCAGUCACUGUGCUGCCCACGGUUACCACAUCAGCCCCGGGAGCUCCUCCCCAUUCUGCCAAGACGCCGCUACCUCACUGUCUCUCUUCUAUAACAACGGGGCUUUGCCUUGUGGCUGCCACGAGGUGGGUGCCACAGGCCCCACAUGUGACCCCUUUGGGGGCCAGUGUCCCUGCCGGGCCCAUGUCAUCGGCCGCGACUGCUCCCGCUGUGCCACCGGCUACUGGGGCUUUCCAAGCUGCAGGCCCUGCGACUGUGGUGCCCGCCUCUGUGACGAGAUCACAGGCCAGUGUAUCUGCCCACCACGCACUGUGCCCCCCGACUGCCUGGUGUGCCAGCCCCAGACCUUCGGCUGCCACCCGCUGGUGGGCUGUGAGGAGUGUAACUGCUCAGGGCCUGGUGUCCAGGAGCUCACCGACCCUACCUGUGACGUGGACAGCGGCCAGUGCAAGUGCAGACCCAAUGUGGCAGGACGCCGCUGUGACACCUGUGCCCCAGGCUUCCACGGCUAUCCCAGCUGCCACCCCUGUGACUGCCAUGAGGCUGGCACUGCGCCAGGCGUGUGUGACCCCCUCACGGGCCGGUGCUACUGCAAGGAGAAUGUGCAGGGCCCAAGGUGCGACCAGUGCCGCCUUGGGACCUUCUCCCUGGACGCUGCUAACCCCAAGGGCUGCACCCGAUGCUUCUGCUUCGGGGCUACAGAGAACUGCAGGAGCUCCGCCCAUGCCCGCCGAGAGUUCGUGGACAUGGAGGGUUGGACCCUGUUGAGCGCCGACCGCCAGGUGAUGCCCCACACGCACCGGGCGGAGGCGGAGCUGCUGCAUGCGGACCUGCGGACCCUGGCCGAAGACUCCUUCCCCGAGCUGUACUGGCAAGCGCCCCCCUCCUACCUGGGGGACCGGGUAUCUUCCUACGGGGGGACCCUCCGCUACCAGCUGCACUCGGAGACCCAGCGUGGAGACGUCUUCAUCCCCACAGAAAGCCGGCCAGACGUGGUGCUGCAGGGCAACCAAAUGAGCAUCGCAUUCCUGGAGCCGGCGUACCCUGCACCUGGCCAUACCCACCGUGGGCAGCUGCUGCUGGUAGAGGAAAACUUCCGCCACGUGGAGACUCACAACCCCGUGUCCCGAGAGGAGCUCAUGAUGGUCCUGGCGGGCCUGGAGCAGCUACAGAUCCGAGCCCUCUUCUCGCAGAUCUCCUCGUCUGUCUCCUUGCACAGGGUGGCACUGGAGGUGGCCAGUGAGAUGGGCAGUGGGCCUCCAGCCAGCAAUGUGGAGUUGUGCAUGUGUCCUGCCAACUACCGUGGGGACUCAUGCCAGGAAUGUGCCCCAGGCUACUACCGGGACGUUAAAGGACUUUUUCUGGGCCGAUGUGUUCCCUGUCAGUGCCAUGGCCACUCUGACCACUGCCUCCCUGGUUCUGGUGUCUGCGUGGGCUGCCAGCACAACACGGAGGGGGACCGCUGCGAACGCUGCCGGGCUGGCUUUGUGCGGAGCAGGCCUGAGGACCCCUCAGCCCCCUGCGUCAGCUGCCCCUGCCCGCUGGCGGUUCCUUCCAACAACUUCGCAGAGGGCUGCAUCCUGCGAGGUGGCCGCACCCAGUGCCUCUGCAGACCUGGCUACACAGGGGCCUCCUGCGAGCGGUGUGCCCCCGGCUUCUUCGGGAACCCCCUGGUGCUGGGCAGCUCAUGCCAGCCCUGCGACUGCAGUGGAAACAGCGACCCCAACAUGAUCUUUAGUGACUGUGACCCCCUGACGGGUGCCUGUCACAGCUGCCUGCGCCACACCACUGGCCCUCGGUGCGAGAGCUGCGCCCCCGGCUUCUUCGGCAACGCCCUGCUGCCCGGCAACUGCACCCCAUGUGACUGCUCCCCGUGCGGGACGGAGGCUUGUGACCCCCAGAGUGGCCGCUGCCUGUGCAAGGCGGGUGUGACUGGACAUCGCUGUGACCGCUGCCAGGAGGGACACUUUGGUUUUGAGGGCUGUCAGGGCUGCCGGCCCUGUGCAUGUGGACCAGCUGCCGAGGGGUCCGAGUGUCACCCCCAGAGCGGGCAGUGCCGCUGCCAACCGGGAGCUGGGGGACUCCAGUGUCAUGAAUGCGCCCCUGGCCACUGGGGACUCCCGGAGCGGGGCUGUAGGCGCUGCCAGUGCCCAGGGGGCCACUGUGACCCCCAUACAGGCCGCUGCACCUGUCCCCCAGGGCUCAGUGGGGAGCGCUGUGACACCUGCAGCCAGCAGCACCAGGUGCCCGUGCCAGGCAGUCCCAGCAGCCCAGGUGUCCACUGCGAAGUGUGUGACCACUGUGUGGUUUUGCUCCUGGACGACUUGGAGCGGGCUGGUGCCCUCUUCUCUGCCAUCCGAGAGCAGCUGCGUGGAGUCAACGCCAGCUCUGCUGCCUGGGCCCAGCUGCACAGGCUGAACGCCUCCAUCACCGACCUCCAGGACCAGCUCCGGAGCCCCCGCUACCAGGUGGAGCAACAGCUGCAGACCCUGGAGCAUCGGAGCCUGAACUUGGAGCAGGAUGUACAGCAGCUGGACAGCCAGGCCACGGGGGCCCAAGACCUGGCAGGCCGGCUGCUGGACAGUACUGAGGGCAUGCUGGGCCGUGCACAGACACUGCUGGUGACUAUCCAGGCUGUGGACCGCGCCCUGAGUGAGCUGGCGUCCCAGGUUGGCCUUGUGUCCCCAGCCAACGUAUCGACCCCUUCGGGUGAGCAGCUGCGCAGGACCCUGGCCGAGGUGGAUAAGUUCCUGCAGGAGAUGCGGGCCCGUGACUUCCGGGCCCCCCGGACCGUGGCAGAAGUCGAGCUGGCGGAGGCCCAGAGGCUGCUGGCCCGUGUGCAGGAGCAGCUGACCAGCCGUUGGGAGGAGAACCAGGUGCUGGCUAAACACAUCCGCGACGGGCUGGCUCAGCAUGAGGCGGGCCUCAUGGACCUUCGGGAGGCCCUCAACCGGGCCGUGGGCAUCACUCGGGAGGCUGAGGAGCUCAACAGCCGCAACCAGGCACGGCUGGAGGAAGCCCUGCAACACAAGCGGGAGCUGGCCCAGGACAACGCCACCCUGAAGGCCACUCUGGAGGCUGCUGGCCGCACCCUGGCGCGUGUCUCCGAGCUCCUGCAGGGCAUGGAGCGGGCCAAGGAGGACCUGGAGCACCUGGCUGCCAGCCUGGAUGGGGCCCGGACGCCACUGCUGGAGAAGAUAAGGACCUUCUCCCCAGCUGGCAGCAAGGUGGACUUGGUGGAGACUGCUGAGGCCCAUGCCGAGCAGCUGAACCAGCUAGCACUCAACCUGUCCAGCAUCAUCCUUGGAAUCAACCAGGACCGCUUCAUCCAGAGGGCUGUGGAGGCCUCCAAUGCCUACAGCAGCAUCCUGAAGGCCAUGCAGGCCGCCGAAGAUUCCGCUGGCCAGGCCUGGCAGCAGGCGAGCCACACCUGGGAGACCGUGGUGGAGCAGGGCCUAGCAGCCCGAGCCCAGCAGCUGCUGGCCAACAGCAGUGCCCUGGAGGAGGCCGUGCUUGGGCAGCAGCAGAGGUUGGGCCUCAUGCGGGUCACCCUGCAGGAUACCAGGACUCAGCUCGAGGACAUCCAGGCCGCGAAGGACCAGCUUGUGGCCCGAAUCCAGGAGGUACAGGCCAUGCUGGCCAUGCACACAGACGAGACAAGCAAGAAGCUCGCCCGUGCCAAGGCCAUGGCUGCUGAAGCCCAGGACACUGCCGCUCGAGUGCAGGCCCAGCUUCAGGACAUGCAGAGAAACCUGGAGCAGUGGCAGGGCCAGUUUGGGGGCCUGCGAGGACAGGACCUGGGCCAGGUGGUGCUUGAUGCAGGCCACUCAGUGUCCUCCCUGGAGAAGACGCUGCCACAGCUGCUAGCCAAGCUGAGCCUGCUGGAGAACCGAGGCACGCACAACGCCAGCCUGGCCUUGUCCGCCAGCAUCGGUCGUGUGCGGGAGCUCAUCGCUCAGGCCCGGGGGGCUGCCAGCAAGGUCAGAGUGUCCAUGAAGUUCAACGGCCGUUCGGGGGUACAGCUGCGCACCCCACGGGACCUCGCCGACCUUGCAGCCUACACUGCCCUCAGGUUCCACCUGCAGAGCCCUGAGCUGGCGCCAGAAUCCGGGCAGGAGGCCGGUGACCGCUUUGUAUUGUACAUGGGCAGCCGCCAGGCCACCGGGGACUACAUGGGAGUAGCUCUGCGAAAGCAGAAGGUGCACUGGGUGUACCGGCUGGGGGAUGCUGGCCCUGUGACCCUCAGCAUUGACGAGGACAUCGGGGAGCAGUUUGCAACCAUCAGCAUUGACAGGACCCUCCAAUUCGGCCACAUGUCUGUCACGGUGGAGGAGCCAAUAGUGCAGGAGACCAAGGGGGAUGCAGUGGCCCCUGGGGUGGAGGGGCUGCUCAGCCUGCAGCCUGACGACUUCAUCUUCUACGUGGGCGGGUACCCCAGCAGCUUCACGCCCCCUGCACCCCUCCGCUUCCCUGGCUACGUGGGCUGCAUCGAAUUGGACACGCUGAAUGAGGAGGUGGUCAGUCUCUACAACUUCGAGAGGACCUUCCGGGUGGACACAGCUGUGGACAGGCCUUGUGCCCGUUCCAAGUCGACAGGGGACCCAUGGCUCACGGACGGGUCCUACCUGGAUGGCACCGGCUUCGCCCACGUCAGCUUCGAGAGGCAGAUGAGCACCACGAAGCGUUUCGACCAGGAGCUGCGGCUCGUGUCCUACAGCGGCAUCAUCUUCUUCCUGCAGCACCAGGGCCAGUUCCUGUGCCUGGCAGUGCGCAAAGGCAGCCUCGUGCUCCUGUACGACCUGGGCGCAGGUCUGAAGGAGGCCGUCCCGAUGCAGCCACCCCCGCCCCUGACCACAGCCAGCAAGGCGAUCCAGGUGUUUCUGCUGGCGGGCAGCCGCAAACGCAUGCUGGUACGUGUGGAGAGGACCACAGUGUUCAGCGUGGAGCAGGACAACACACUGGACCUGGCCACUGCCUACUACCUGGGGGGUGUGCCGCCUGAUCAGCUGCCCCCAAGUCUGCAGCAGCUGUUCCCCUCUGGGGGCUCCAUCCGCGGCUGCAUCAAGGGGAUCAAGGCUCUGGGCAAAUACGUGGACCUCAAGAGGCUGAACACCACAGGGGUCAGCUCCGGCUGCACCGCGGACCUGCUGGUGGGACGCACCAUGACUUUCUACGGCCAUGGCUUCCUGCCCCUGGCGCUGCCCGAAGUGCCACCCCUCACCGGCGACGUCUACUCAGGCAUUGGCUUCCGCAGCACCCAGGACAAUGGUCUGCUCUACCACCGUGCAUCCCUGGAUGGCCUGUGCCAGGUGUCCCUGCAACAAGGCCACGUCACCCUGAGGCUGAUGAGGACAGAGCUGAGGACACCAGGGGUGUUCAGCGACGGCGCCCCCCACUACGCGGCCUUCUACAGCAACGCCUCAGGGGUCUGGCUGUACGUGGAUGACCAGCUGCAGCAGAUGCGGCCUCACCGGGGGGCGCCUCCCAGGCAGCACCCGUCCCCGCCCGAGGAGCCCCCCCAGCUCCUCCUGGGGGGCCUGUCGGAGGCCGCUGCCUCCUUCCGCAACUUCAGCGGCUGCAUCAGCAAUGUCUUCGUGCAGCGGCUCCAGGGUCCGCAGCGAGUGUUCGACCUGCAGCAGAACCUGGGCAGCACCAACGUGAGCACAGGCUGUGCCCUGGUCCCGCUCCCCAGGGCCUCGGGCCAGAGAGCCCGAGGGCUGCGGGCUGUGGCUCGUAAGGCCUCCCGCCGCAGCCGCCAGCCCAGGCAGGACCCUGCUUGCAUGUCACCUCUGCACCUCAGGAUGACCCAAGACACCUUCCAGUUUGGGGGGCCCCUCCCCAGUUUCCUGGAGUUUGAAGGCCUCCUGGACCCCCGCAGGAACCGGUUCCGCCUGUCCAUGCUGGUCCGCCCUCGAGCGCCCCAGGGCCUCCUGCUCCUUGUGGCCCCUCUAGCGGCCAGCAGCCCCUCCCUGACCCUCUUCCUGAGCCACGGACAGUUUGUUGCACGAACAGAAGGGCCUGGGCCCCGCCUGCGCGUCCAGAGCCGCCAGCGCUCGCGAGCUGGCAGGUGGCACACGGUCUCCCUGCGCUGGGAGGAGGGGCAGCUGCAUCUCCUGACUGACGGUGUCCCGGCCUGGAGCCAUCACCAUCCUGGCCCCAGCCGCAUCGAAGUGCCCCUGCAGCCCCACACCCUCUUCGUGGGGGGCCUCCCCGCCCGUAGCCCCAGCUCCCGCCUGCCGGUGGCCGCGGGGCUCAGCGGCUGUGUGAAGAGACUGCAGCUGGACGGGCGGCCCGUGGGGGCCCCCACGCGGGUGGUGGGGGUGACGCCCUGCUUCUCGGGCCCUCUGGAGAGCGGCCUGUUCUUCCCAGGCACUGGAGGAGUCAUCACUGCAGAGCCGCCCGUGGCCACACUGCACCACGUGAGGCUGGAGCUGGAGGUCCGGCCCUCCACGGCCGCUGGGCUCGUCCUCCGCCUGGGCCCGGCCCGGGGCCCUCCCUACUUGCAGCUGCAGGUGUCCAGGAAGCAGGUCUUGCUGCAAGCGGAUGAUGGUGAGGGUGAGUUCUCCACAUGGGUGACACACCCCGUGGCACUGUGUGACGCUCAGUGGCACCGACUGGCAGCCACCAAGGACGAGAACGUGCUCCGGCUGGAGGUGGACGCUCAGAGCAACCACACCGAGGGCCCCCUGGCGGCGGCCAUGGCCGACGGCCCAGCCCCUUUGCAUCUUGGGGGCCUGCCCGGUGAGGAGUCCGGGCUCCCCGCCUACGGAGGCUGCAUGAGGAAGCUGCUGGUGAACGGAUCCCCCCUCGCCCUGACCAGCCUGGCAGGCGUCCAGGGGGCGGCUGGGGCCAGCGGCUGCCCGGCGACAUAGGGGACAGGCCAGCCUCCAGCAGCUCCUCGCCACACGGGGGGCAUGCCAGGCUGCACCCCCAGCCCACAGCACCACCACCUUCAGUGGGUUUCAUGGGCCACCUUCUGGGUCUUUGGAGUCUCCCAGUGACUGGCCCUGUUUCUGGAAACGGAUUAAAUUAUCUUUCUCAGUGAAAGGGUAGCAUCCUAUAAAAUGGGCUUUUAUACUUUUACGUCCCUCCCACCAGUCUGAGUGUGAGAUGUGUAACAUCACUGGUUCAAGACAAAAAUUAAAGUACCCUGUUCAGCUGA